AUGCGAUUCAAAUGGGCCAUUCGACGCAUUUCAGUACUUUUCCUCUUCUUUUUUCUAAUCCUGCACGUUUGGCAGAGAUAUGAGAAUGAGGUGAGUGAUGUUCUUUCUGUUCUGUUCCUAUCUUUACUUUCCUUCCAGAAUACUACUUUUUACGAGUACGAAGACAGUUUUGAUGCGGAAAAGGAUGAGAUCUUCGUGAAAGAGUACUUGAAAUUAAUGCAGAUGGGGAGGGCAAGUGCCCGUCCGGUGGUCGAGAGAACGACGAAGGUCGAGGAGGAUCACUGGUGCUUUCUGAAGCGACCGACGAAGAUCGCAAGGCCUAGAAGUUGGCUGCAAAUGGCCGGAAUCGAAGUUUACUCCGCGUAUUUCGAUGAUCGGGCGAACUCUCUGUUUCCGCAAAACUCGGCGGUUCAGGUGAGUUUUCACUUCUCUUCGUCUGUUUAAAACUGUUCAUUCCAGGUGCUAGUGAUGUCCAAUCACUCAAUCGAAUCCAAAGUUUCCAUCUUCUGCAACAUCUUCUCCACGCCCGCUUCCACUUUCUCCGGCUACUCGAAUGUGAAGGGGUACAUCCGAGAAAUCUGGCAGACCGGAUGGGACCCCAGAGACUCCUUCCAAGUCCCCAGCCUCAUCACUUGCCCGAUCCCGAAAAGGCUCGACGGACAUCGAUUGGCAGUUUCUCUCACAAGAAAACAGUGUCAUGGCAUAGAAGAAGCUAUGGAAGUCGUAGGAAAACCUGAAGAGGAAGAGAAGAGAGAAGUGGCAGUCUGUGUAAAAGGAUUGGAUUAUCAAGAGGACAUCUCCGGACGGCUUCUGGAAUGGAUCGAGAUGCAGUACUUGUUUGGCGCGGAUGUGGUUUCAGUUUGCACUUUUUACCUGACCGAGAAGACCCAGAAAGUGUUGGAUUAUUAUGAGAAGAAGGGCAAGUUGGAAGUGGUGAGUGUGAGAAAUAAAACUGACAAUGAGUCUAAAGGUCCGCUAAGGUCCCACUAACCCUGCCCAGUGGGAAUCCGAAUGAUCCUUUGAAACGGAGUGCGUUCCUCAAAACGAAUCGACCUCAGAAACGAAGACACGAGCUCCUUCCCUACAAUGACUGCUUCUACAGACACAUUUACACUCACAAAUACGUUUUGAUAAUUGAUAUUGAUGAAGUUAUCGUCCCAAUUAAACAUGACAACUAUGGUGAGGUUCUUCGGCUUUUAGCAGUCAAACAAGUGAUUUUCAGGCGACAUGCUCCGUGACUUUGAGCACAAAGUUUCUUCUUUUUCUUCUUUACGCCUUAGCUCAAUUUCUGCUAGGAAUGUCUUCAAAUUCCCGUCCAAUUUCACGUUAUUUCCACGCCAUAACUACAUGAUCUCAAACAGAAAACGGUCCAAAAAGACUAGUCCGAAUGGAGAAUACGGGAAGAGCUUCAGCAGGUUGUGAACAAUCCCGAAUGCCAAUUUGUAUCGGCAAUCCGUUUCAGUACUUCUACAGUAGCCACAGUUUUCAACCACUUUGCCCUUCACAAACUGUCCCCUUCAGUUGCCAAAUCUCAAUAUCUGACGUCUUCUGAAGCGCUAAAAUUGCAUUACAAGUCCGAGUGUCCGUGGGAAUCACGGAAUGAGUGUCACAAGUUGGAGUACGAUGUGAUUGAGGACACUAGUUUGGAUCGGUUCGAGAAGGAAUUCAGAAGACGUGUGAAUGACGUGGCAAAGAAGAUCGGUCUGACAUGAGUGUCUAAAUUCUCAUUGAUUGAACAAUAAAGUUGUCAAACUCUUGGCAAAGUCUUCCCAUUAAUCCACUUCUUCUUACUCAUUUCAACUGCGAAACCGAUUAAAAUUACACCGCCGCUCGCGUCUCUUUCCGUUCCUCUUGCGAAUGCGAAUAAUCCUGCGAUCAAUGAGGUUGACCAACUGUCGUUUGCGCGAAUUGGUGUCAUAUCAAGUUGAGCCGUUCCAUUACACUUUUUGGCGGGGAAGAAGGAGGGAGAGCAAGGAGGCGCUCAUUCUGAUUAUGCAGGAUUGAGGACUGACUGGAGGAGUGAUGUCCAUGUUCCUGCCCCAAUCGAUGAGGCACGCUUCCCCGACGACGACAGUUUUGGCCGAUGGGUACACGGACGAUGCACUUGGCAGCAAGUACGACAACUUUCGGUUAGUUUGUUUUUCCGUCCUGUUGUUGUGAGCAUGUUUCCAAUAGGGAUGUUAUCAUUUCUCAAAUUCUGACACAGUUGUAUCAACUGUGUAGCAGUUCCUAGUAAUCUCACUAUCAGUGUUCAAGAAUACAUACAGUCUAUAGACAAGGAGUGCUCUAUAAGCUUUUCAACCUAUUCGAGGCUUGCUCAGCGUUUGAAAAACGUUUGCCACAACAGAAAACACAGAAAACAACGAAUAACUCCCCGUUUUUCAAAGUUCGUAAAUGAAAUCGAGAAAGUUAACGGUUUAAUCCGAACAUCUCAUAGCCCUUUGAUCGACGUCAAGCGUUUUGAAAGUGAUGAAAGUCAGUUACAAACCGGAUGACUCUUAUUUACGGACAAGUGAAAGUGCACCGGAGCCGUCGUCAUCUCUUUUUUCGUGUUCUCGUCAUAGUCAGUGUCGGUGCCGGCGGCACAUGAAGAGAUAAGAAAGCCAGCUGACAGAUCCGUUUCCCUCUCCUUUAUUUUCCCUUUCUCACUCUCCCACUUAACUAAAAUAACACGAGUCCCCUUCUUCUCGUCAUUCUGGUAGGCGCCCGACGGCUCAUUCGUACUUACAUUCCCGUGUUUUCUCGUUUUUCUCGCCGGCUCCCAGACGCGCCAAUUCAUCAUUUUUAUGCGGUCGAUGAUUGACCAUGUGCGAGCAUUCUCAGCGGUCUUCUUCGGGAGGAGCAUGUGCUCCGGGAGCUCCGAGGGCUCCGAUUUCAUCAUUUUUUGUCGGUGCGUCAAACCGCCGACACCUUCCUGAAUUUCACACGUCUUAGUUGACGGCAGCUCUCACAAACUUUUUGUCUGGACACAUGUUCCACCCAAAGUUUUCGAGCUCACUUUCAAUAACUUCUAUCGAAUUUGAGCUCUGAUUUCCAGUACCAAUUGGUCCCUCACAGAUCUUUGAUCAACACAUUACUUUUCGUCUGCUUCUUAGCUGAAAAUAACCACAAAAACCUUUGUGGAUGGCAUCAACAAACGUAGUAUUGUGCAUGUCAAUCUUUCUGCUCUCGACUGAUCUCCCCGUGUGUAUCAAAAUCCCUUUCAUUCUUUCAUCUUUUCUACUCUUCCUCUUCCGUUUGACCUCGUGUACUUGAGCAAAUCAGCGAGCAAAUCAGAUAAACACAUUCCAGAACAAUCCUUUCAUUUUUUAUUGCUCCGUGAGCUCUGAGCCACCCACUCUCUCACUCACUCUUCCUCUCUUUCUUCAGAGCUUCUCGUCCGUACUCGAGGGAAUCGUUGCUGUCGAACACUUCGCUCGGAUCCAAAGUCCGCUUCUCGCAGUUCAGUUUUCAGUCCAGGGACGAUGGAACGACGAUAGACGACGACGAGGACGACUAUUACAGAAGGGAGCAGAAGAAUACAUUGCGGGUAUGGUCGGGAAGGGAAUCUGUGCUCUCUUUUAACUGAUGAGAGGAAUCACGGGAUGUUGAUGAAAGUUCAAAGUAAUUUCAGGCGAAAGUUGCCAGAAUGUUCGUCGGCCAGCUCUCCAGGACGUGCUCUCUGGAAAUGGACGAGAAAGUCAGCGAAGUUCAGCUGGCACCGCCGCCCAAAUCGUUUUUGGGAAGAGUAAGAGGGGAACUUCCAUACUCUUCCGAUUCAACCUUCAUGUUUUCAGUGCAAAUACUAUUAUGACAAGCACAAACUCCAUCGCAUCUCCGCGAGUGUCCUUCUGAUUAUCUACUCGUUUCUCGGCGCCUGGGCAUUCUAUUAUUUUGAGCAUGACUAUGAGAUUGAAGUCAAAAAGUGAGUCAUCUCCAUUCUUACUGACCGAUCAAAGAUCUCUGAUUGCAGGAAGGAGAGAAUCGAUCUUCGCAUGCUUCGGAAUGACACUUUCCAGAGGAUCUCUUCAAUGGUCUUCAGGAAACAUUCUAAUUUCGAGUAAUCUUGAGACCGGUGAGCACCGCAGAGAAUACUGCUUUCAGGGAAAUAUUCAUUGAAUAUGAGAAGCAACUGCACAAAGUCCGGCUUCCUGAAUGUCUCGAUUGGGACUUUUGGGGCGCGCUCUUUUACGUGGGAACUCUGUUCACAACCAUCGGAUACGGUAACAUUGCUCCGCGCACGGCCAUCGGAAGAGCCGCUUCUGUCGUCUACGCGAUCGUCGGUGCGUUUGCGGUAGAGCGCACUUCCAACUGACAGAAAUUACAGGAAUUCCAUUGGUGCUGGCGAUUCUUUCAAAGUGCGGAAACUGGCUGACGACGACGCUGUCGAAUUCCUGGCAGCAACACCGACUCGGAAUCAAGCAGAGAGCAAAGAACACGACGAAUCGGUUGAGAGGCAGGAAGAAGAUGUGAGAGUUCUGUUGAAGAGUUGUGUGCACAUCUCUCUGCCUUUCAGAUCAAAACUGGAGGAAAUUCUGGAGACUGGCGGUGUGAAUGCGUCGGAAGACGAUCUGAAGCAAGAAUCGCGCACGAUUCCCAUCUGGCUGGCUCUUCUCAUCUGCGUCGUUUACGUCUGUGGAUGCUCCUGUCUGUUCCUCCUCUGGGAGACGAGAUGGACAUUUUUCACCAGUCUAUACUUCUUCUGCAUAUCACUUUCUACUAUUGGAUUGGGUUAGCAACCAAUACCAUUUCCCAUGUAUUCUUUUUUGUUUUUAGGAGACAUCGUCCCGGAUAAGCCGCACAUGUUCAUCGUGAUGUUUGUGCUUGUGAUCUUCGGAUUGAGCAUCGUCUCCAUGUUCAUCUCAGUCGUGCAAAUCAAAAUGGAAGAGUGGCUUUAUAAUUUGAUUAAGGAGAUUCAGGUCUCUCUCAUUUGCCCUCUUAUUCUGUUUUCUAUUAUAUCAUCCGAUUUCAGAAAGAGUACACCCGUGCCAUAGAGAACGGAGAGCUCAUAAACCGUGAGGAGGCACUGGAAAAGGCGAUGAAGCACGCGCCGCCGUUCAUGCGGCUCGUCGCUCCGAACAUAAUGUCUGGGCAGCAGAACGACAAGCUCGAGCACACCGUCGAAAAGUUCGAACGGCUUCUGAAAGAGAGCAAGGAGAUUCAGACGGACCGGCCGGGACGAGUGAUGGGAACGCAGGUGGAGAGGAUGGAACAGGCGGGUUACUGUAGAAUCCGGCGCAUUGAUCUCUGACUUCUUCAGAGUAUGGCCUGUGAUCCGAUGAGCGAGCAUCUCCGCCCGGCGCAUCAGGGAACUCAGUGGUCGACGUGAGUGGAUCCGGAUCGGGUUUCACAUCUCUCACUUUAUUUUCGCUUCAGACAACUCGUAGAUGAGACGGACAAAGGGCACCCGGAUGUGGAAGUUUUGCAAGGAAAACAGGACGAAGGAACGAGCGUCUCCAGAUCGAACGACUAUCGGGAUUCCAUUUCUGACGCCACCAGUCUUCCUAUGGACUCGAUGAGUUCCCCGGCGGCCAGGAAGAGAAGCAAGCGACAAAUGGUAAUGAGAGAAACGUAUUAUUGAUUGUGGGAGACAAUUGUGUAUUUUCAGAAGGAUUGUGCCACGUGUCAAUGUCCUCAGGAGUCAGAUCAAUUUCCCAUUUGCCCCCCAAAAUCCGACGGUUCAGCUCAAACCGAUUUGGCUCAAUUCCAAAUCGACGAGAUUGCAAUCAAACUCGCGAACCUCCAAACUCAGCGAGUCCGUCCUCCGAUUGUCGAGAGAAGUAUGGCCACUUCGGCCUUCCUCGAUUCGGAGCCUCCGUCGAGCUCCGACGAUUUGCCACGUGGAUUGUCGCAGGCUGAAAUCAAUGUGCUUUGCGAGGCGAUGAGCAGCUCGUUCUACAAAAACAGCCAAGACACGUUGAGACAAUUGGCCGAUGCGGCGGUUGGCAGAGAUUAUGAGACUACUUAUUCGGUACUAAACUCACCAUUGAAUCUCUUUAAAUUCCAAUUUUUCUACUUUUCAGGACAAAUCUCAACUCACCAGUCUUUCGCUUCCCCCUCCAAAGCCCACAGUAUCACAGUCCUCCUUGGCUAAAGUGCACCAGAAGUCGGCUGCCACGUCACCAGCCAAUUCUCUGUGCGAAGACCUGAAAGCACAGUCAAGACGAUCGUUUGCCACGUCACCAGUGCCCAAUAUAAGUGUCCACGAGGAAGAAACGCAGACGUCGUUGUAAGUUGAGCAGAAAACGAGAACAAGAAGACGUAAUUUUAGACGGCACGACGUGGCAGAUAUGUCGACGGAUCCAUGCACUUCUCACUUGGUCCACCGGUCGGUGGUGACGUCGCCAGUGGGCAGGCACGAUGCGGAGACUGUGAGUUUUUUUUUUUUGGUUUCAUUCGUUUAUUUAUCAAUGUAAGAGAAAGAAAGAUACAACACGUGAGAGGGGAGGACGAAUGGUGGAAAGGACAGUCCCUCACGAGACGUACCUAGGGAUUAGGGGAGAUAAGGAGGGGUUAUAUGGUAGAGGGGGAGUAGGGCAAGAAGGAGAGAGAGUUAGAAACGGGUAAUGGAGGAGUCUAUAGUUAGUUCGAACUGGAGAGGGGAGAGGAAGGUGGAGGUGUUAGAGAGAAUAGAGUUCCAUAUGGGAACGGUCAGUGAGAAGAAGUCUUUUAUACGAGGUUUUUAGGACGCGGAUGAGCAUGGGUCUACGGGGAGAGGUGGUAAGUGAGAUAAAAUGACUUAGAUGGGGAAGUAUGAGGCACCGGUAAUUAGACGAUAGAGGAGAGUUAACUGUGAUUUGAGGCGGCGGUGACGGAUUGAAGACAUGUUAAGUAUGGCAAGACGGUGGUGGUAAGAGGAGAACAGGGAUGUUACAGCGUUGGAGAGCAAUUUUUCGAGAAGUGUCGGAGAGGACGUUCAAGUUUUUAAGGCGAGUUUGGAUGCAGGAGGAGGGGAGAAGAUUGGGGAGCAGUACUCAAGAAUCGGGAGAAUGUAGGUUUUAAAUAGGGAGGCGUAGAAAGAUGGAUUAGUUGAGCGAAAGGAUUUGAGGAGCUGGUGGGAACGGAGGAGACAGAGGGCAACUUUCUGAUUUAUGUGAAGCUCGAAUUUGAGAGAGGGGUCCGUGAGAAGCCCAAGGUCACGGACAGAGGCGGAUGAGGAGAUAAAGGUGUUGUUAAUUGUGUAGGGAAACUCAGGGAUUGCGGGAACCAAGCCUCAGAAGAGAGGUUUUAGUUUCGGCGAGAGGGAGGAGAUUGAGGGUGGACCAGGAAAGCACGGAGUCAAUGGCAGAUUGUAG